GCGGCGGUGGCGGCAGCGGCGGGCGGCAGAACCUCGCAGGUUUCCCGGGCCCGGCUUUCACGCCCUCCAUGGCGACUGCCGCCCGUGACCCCAUCUCCGCUGCUGACCUCGAUGAGGCGGAUGAGGCGGUCCGGGGUACCUGCGAGGACGCGUCCGUCUGCAAACGGUUUGCUGUAAGUGUUGGCUACUGGAAGGACCCUUACAUCCAGUAUUUUGUGAGGCAAGCCAAAGAAAGAAAAGCACCUGAAAUUAACAGAGGCUACUAUGCUCGUGUUCAUGGAGUCAGUUACCUGAUCAAAGCUUUUCUAAAGAAGACAGAAUGCAACUGCCAGAUUGUCAAUCUUGGUGCUGGCAUGGACACCCUGUUCUGGAGGUUAAAGGAUGAAAAUCUGCUCCCCAAGAAAUAUUUUGAAGUGGAUUUUCCAAUGAUAGUUGCACGAAAAAUCCAUCACAUCAAAUCCAAACCUCCCCUGUCAAAACCAAUUAUGGAAUCCCAUUCAGGGGACUCUCUUCUAAUAGACUCCCACAGCCUGGACUCCAGUCGCUACUCCAUAGUGGGAGCAGACCUCCGCUUCUCCUCAGACCUGGAGGACAAGCUGAAGAAGCACAACCUGGAUGUGCACUUGCCGACGCUGCUGGUGGCAGAGUGUGUGCUGGUGUACAUGACCCCACAGCAGUCUGCAGAGCUGCUCAAGUGGGCAGCAAGCACUUUCCCAGUGGGGAUGUUCAUCAAUUAUGAGCAGGUGAACAUGAUGGACCGCUUCGGGCAGAUCAUGAUUGAGAACCUGCAGAGAAGGCAGUGCAACCUGGCUGGAGUGGAAGUCUGCAGGUCCUUGGACUCUCAGCGGGACCGCUUGCUGCUGAACGGCUGGGAGACCGCCCGUGCCAUCGACAUGAUGAAGGUGUACAGCUCUCUGCCCCAGGCUGAUGUCAAAAGAAUAGAAGGACUCGAAUUCCUUGAUGAGAAGGAGCUGUUUGAGCAGCUCAUGCAGCACUACUGCAUCUGCUGGGCUUCCAAGGACAGCAGCAACCUGGGCCUUGCAAACAUCACCUUCUGAGGAGUGUGCCGGAGCUGCAGCCCUGGGCCCAGCAGCCUCCUGCUUGAGCCAGGAUCACAGUGAUGGGACUUUGCAUGUGCCAGCCUCAGCCUGUGCAUCUGGGUGAGCAGUACCAGCACAGAACAGGGUGGCUGCUGCUGCUGUCGACUCUCCUGGUGGCUUUUGGUGGUUUCAGUGACCCUUUCUUUGCCCACUGUGAGCAGCUGGCACGAGGCAGGUGCCCAGCUGUGCGCCGGUGGACUUGGCUGAGGUGUCAUUGACUCCUGACCUGGAGCUUGCCUGCCUUAGUUUGAAACUAAGAGUAAAGUGUUCUUGGCUUGUCUGAUUUCCCUCUGUUGUCUCUUUGUGGGUGUGUAAAAUGUCUGUGUGGCAGGGAGCUGGGGAGCUGCCCUGCUGGGUGCCCCUGCCCUGUGCACAGCUGCUUGGGAAGGUUGAGCUCUGUUCAUCCCCAGUUCAGGUUUCAUUUCUGCCCAGUGCCACCACCUUGGCUUUCUCCAGGCUCUACUGUUGGUACCAGGCUGUCUCUGAACCAGCUGUGUCCUUUUGGGGAUGGGGGAAAGAAGGGGAGCCCCAAGGAGUCAGGUACAAGGGACUGGAGGAUGUUAAAGUGGACUUUAAUGAACUGGGAAGGGCUUAGCUUGGCAGCUCAGAAAGGUAAGAAAGAAAUUAACCUCAAUUUGCACUGCUUCUGGUAGGAUCUUCACACCAGUUUCUCAUUCUUCUUUCUUUCCUCUUAAAAGAAACAAAGCCCCACUGGAAGUCCUUGCCCUGGUGUUUGGAACUGAAUCUUGCAACCUUCCUAU